AUGAUGGCGUCAUUCGAUGAAGCCACAGAUGGAUUUUAUCAUUGGUUAGUAUCCUCUGCCAGAAUUGAAAUUUCCCCCAAGAUAUUCGUUGGUGAUUUGCGAAGUGUAAAUCAAGGUAGAUGUGUGCUUGCGUCCCAGGAUAUAGGCUCUGAUGAAGUGCUAUUUGAGAUCCCCAGAUCUUCAGUUCUAAACGUGGCGACUUCUCAACUUGUUCGUGAUUUCCCGCAGCUAAAAGAUGUAUUUUGGCAGGAAUUGGGACAUUGGGAAGGUUUAAUCCUUUGUAUGGUUUACGAGAUUAAAGUGAUGGGACAACAGAGUUUCUGGUGGAACUAUUUACAAGUGCUACCAAAAUCCCAAGAUCUGAAUACUUUGGUAUACUGGUCCGCUGAUCAGUUGGCGGCAUUAGAGCCUUCUCUAGUGGUGGGUAGAUUGGGAGCCGACGAAUCUCAAGAAAUGUACCGCCAAAUACUAAAAUACAUACAAAACUUUGGCCCCGAAUUUCAAUCGAAAAUUGGCCAAUUGACAUUUGAAGAAUUUGUGCAUGUGGCAAGUGUUAUCAUGUCAUAUUCAUUUGAUGUGGAUUUAAAGGGUGAAGAUGAUGAAGAUGAUGAGGAUGAAGAUGAGGGCGAAGAAGAAGAAGGGGAAUCGAAUGUGGCCCAUGAUAAAUAUAUGAAAUCGAUGGUCCCUUUGGCAGAUACUCUAAAUGCAGAUACAAAACAAUUCAACGCACACUUGGUUUACGAUAAAGAAAGUUUAAAGAUGGUUUCUGUGAAACCUAUCAAGAUGGGCCAACAAGUUUACAAUUUUUAUGGUGAACAUCCUAACGCAGAAAUCUUAAGAAGAUACGGUUAUGUGGAAUGGGAUGGAUCUCAAUUUGAUUUUGGUGAACUGCCGUUGUCAUGUAUUACACAAGUAUUGCAAAGAGAAGCACCAGAGGAAUUCUUUCAAAUCUGUUUGCAGUUAUUACAGAAUGAUGAAACUAUCUUAGAACAUUUGGACCAGGAGCAGAUCGUCCUAGAGUCCUAUGAUUGCUUCAUUGAUGGCCAGGUUAUUCCUGAAUGCCUGUUACUCUUACAAGUUCUAACGGUUAUUUUACAGAUCCCCAAUGUAGGUGAAAAUUUAGAGAGAGAGUUGCAAAGAGUGGUUAAAAAGUGCUUACAGCUAGUGGAAAGUGGUCGUCUGACAAUCAAAUGCUUGAAAUUGUUCGAACACUGCAUAGACGAACGUCUACGGCAAUAUCCAAACCAUUCCUUCAGAGAAGUAACACCAAUUCAUCAAUAUGUACAUGAUGUGGAUGUUCAGAGAGGGAUUAUGGCUCAAAGAGUGCUACAAAGUGAAGUAGAAUCCCUACAAAAUUGUUACCUUUCCUUGGGGGAAAAAUUCCAAGUCAUAGACGAUGUUAAGCUUAUGGAUAAUAUUUUAAAGAAAAGAGUUGCACCUGCUCAAAAGACUAAAAACGAGUCCAAGAGAAAACGUACGCAUUAG